ACCAAAUCAAACGGUAUCCACGGCAACAGGGCCGAAGCGGACAUGGCGCCCGGGAGCCAACCAAUCGUAUCCUUCACCUGACUCUAACGCAGAGCUGCAGGUCAUGUGACUUUGUGUCUGCUGUUGUUUCUCCUUGACCUCCUCUUCAUCAGCUGUCGUCCACUCCUCUGCAGGUGCUGUUCUACCUGAACAGUUGGUACUUUGCUGCCUUCUACCUGGCCGAGGUCCUCAUGUUCAUCUAUAAAGGAGUUUUGUUGCCGUACCCGUCAGAUAACCUGGUUCUGGACGUCGUGCUGCUGCUGCUUUUCCUCGCUCUUGAGAUUCUGCGGAUCUUUUAUGGCUGGAAGGGAAACCUGUGUGAGCGCUCUCUGGCUUCCUGUGUGUCACUCUUUGUCCUGCUUCCCUGCACCGCGCUCGCCGUGUACUACCUUCUGCUGCAGACCUUCAUCCUGCGCCUCGAGUUCCUGCUCAACGCCGUGCUGCUCUGCUUCUACGGCCUCGAGUUCCUGCUCGGGCUUAUCUCCAUAUCUGCCUUCUCCAGGGCCAAAGUGUACUGAGGAGCAAACGCCACAGGAUGAUUCAGCAGAGGUUUCUGUACACCUUGUAAAUAUCUGCCAUGUUUGAUCAAGUUUUUUACCUUCACGAAACUGUUUCUGUAAAUAAACUUUCUGAUUUCUACAUCACAA